AUGGUUUGUGCAAUGCCGGGUGUAUUGCAUCUUACUCACUGUCCCUUUUUUUGUGCUAGCUACUUCGUGAGUUAUCAAUUCGUUGCAUUGAAUUUGAAUUUUGACGUCCUUGCAAUCUUUUCUGGUGUGUGUAUGGGUAUGGCUGCGGUUUCAAGACGUUUGUGCAGUAAAGCCGGUAAGAUUGAAUGGAUGAUGCAAAGUUGGAGCCGGAUUUUCCACAUCGUGAACUUGGUGAGGAAAACUGUGUGUGGGAGAAAAGUGUGGUGGCCUCUCUUGAAGAUUAUGGUGAUUUUAACAGGUUGUGCUUGUUUUUGCUGGCUUGAGUCACCGUGGAGCUUCAAGUUCUAUCAGCGCUUCGUGGCUAUGUGGUCCACUGCUUGGAUGCAUUUGUGGGACCUUUGGGGCUCUUUUGCUGCUUUUGUAUUCUUCCACGUCAAAGCCAUGAUUUUGCAGACUCAUGCUUCGUGUGUUUCUGGACACACCGUGGAUGGUUUUCAGGCAACUCCUGGAUUCGAAAUACCGGUGAAUUGCGUUGCGCAGAUGGUUGACACGGAUUUCAAACCAACUUGGAAUCAUGGUUUGCUGUCAGCUGUGGCGAUGAUGUCUUAUUAUUUCGUGACCCUUUGGCAAUUUUGCUCCACUAGGCCUCAGAUUGCUGAGGUUGUCUCUGCAAUGUCACAGUGGUGCCAGCAGUUUCAAUUCACAGGUCGUAGAAACAGUCCAGAGACACCGGAACAGAAACUGCUGCAAGGUUUGCAGAUUUUGUUGAAAGAUACUUUGCAGGCCUCUAGCUCCGGAGCCUCAAACAAAAAAGGCAAGGGUAAGGGCUCCGGCAAAAGUAGUGGUAAAAGCCUACCUUCCAAACAGAGAGAUGCGAACCAUGAUGGCAGCUAUGGGCUGAUUCAAGCCUUGCAAAAACUAACUGCCCGAGCCGCAAAGAAACCACAAGGGUUGCUCCAAAGGUUGAAAACAUUGGUUCAAGUUACUGAACGUGGUAUGUUGCGACCAAACAAGAGAAAGAAAGAUCUGCCGCCGCAUGAGGCGGUCCCGCCAGUGAAACCAAGCACACGAUUCAAAAGUUCAGAGAAUUUGGUAGAUGGUGCUCCUAAGCCAAAAACACGAUGGCAACGCGACAGAUCCUGGAAAGCCCGUGCCCAGGACUGGGGCGUCAAAACUGUUUUGCGUGGCCCCACAGCUCUGUGCAACGCUCUUGACAGUGGGGACACCGGUGCUCUCCUGUGUCAAGUACAAAAUCUGGAUGAUUGGAAUGAAGCCCUCCAAAUUUCUCAUGCUGCUGGUCGCACCAAUGUCACGGUUGUUCUUGAAGCUGCACCUAACAUGUCUCCAGAACUUGGCAAAUUGAGAUAUCAUGGUUGGACAGCCUUGAACACACGUGCAGCUGGUUAUGCCGAUGAUAAAUUGGUCCAGCGCUUGGUUUGGAUUGCGCGGUGCUCGCCAAAUGCACCCACAUUGGUUCCAGGAUCCGUGCUGACAGGCGCCAGGCGGCCUGUUGUCCAGAAACACGGCCAUGAAGCUGAAAACCUGGUUCGAGGAUUUGCUCGCGUCAAAGGCAAAGACAGGGCCCUGCAGUUGAUUAAAGCGAGCGGCUCAGAACACAAAGGUCAGGUUUGGUUUCUUGAUCCUGCCAGAUGGGAUGGCCUCGCAGAAACACCUCCACGCAUGCUUUGGGUGGACAAACUGGAAAAUGAACAACAAAUUGCAUUUGCUCGUCGCGUAGCUCAUGAUUCGGGUCCUUUUGGCAUGGCUAGGGGUCGUGUACAGCUGGCUCUCAGGGUCAAACCAGACGAUGAGCGGCUCAAACCCACUUCUAGUGUUUGGCGGGUUGAGACAGUUCCGUUUGGUUGGGAUUUUGAAAAUGUGGAAGAAACUCUGGUUGAAGCAGGUUUCUCUGAAAUUGAUAUUUUAGCAAAGCAACGCCGUCGUGGUGGCACUGCUUGGGUUUUCAAAGGCAUGAGAAAUGAUGACCGUGAUCAAAUACAAACCCAUUAUGAUGCGGACGAGACGUGCAAUGAGCCACCAUUAGAUCUGUUUUUAGUUAAGCAGUCCAAACGACGUGCGCCAGGAAAUGUCCAGCCGUUGAAAGCAGAAAAUGAUGUGCUCUUUUCACUAGAUGCAUUUCACAAAAAAGGUAAGGGUAAAGGCAAAGGAAAAGGCAAGCACAAAUCCAAGCUUGAAGUGCCUGACUUUGCAACCACGCUUGCCUUACCGAAAAGUAGUCCACCUCCAUUACCCUCCAAGGAUGAUCGCGGUAACGAAGCUAUGGAUGUCAGUCUGAUUAGCGUCCCAGAUGCAAGUGAUGUUGAGGAUGAGCCCAUGCAUGUCCAGGGCACCAAACGCAAAGACCAGGCCAUGUUGACCAGCCCGCAAAAAACUGGUCAUGACAAAAAGAGGAUGAAAGUGCCCGAGAGGCUUCAAAAAGUUCCGAACCCUGGGGAAGGGAAUUGCUUGUUUUACUGUCUAGCUCAGGCGGAGUCUACCCCAGGUAAGUCCCGCAGCCACAGGCAGGUGCGUGCAUUUGUUGUUGCCUACAUGACCAAACACUUCAAGAAAUACGAGGAUUUCUGGGACGGUUUAAGCCCGAGCAACAUUCCCAUGGAGGGUGGGUUUGACGAUUAUUUACAAGCCCUUGAAAAAGAUAAAGCUUGGGCGGGAUAUUGUGAAAUCGAAGCAUAUGGCGAAGCCAUGCGCCGACCUGUACUUGUUGUGCAUGCCAAGGACAAUGUUGUCCAUGCUUUUAAUAGUCAUGGCGAUAAGGAUGUUGUCUGUCUCUGGUACAAGGAUGAACAUUAUGAGCUUAUUGUUCCUUCAGACGCAGAUAUUCAGGCCCUGUGGCAGAAUGCUGAAGACGGUGGCACCAAGGGUUACCGCGGGGCCGCAAAGAAGGCACGCUUGGCUGCCGACAAUGCCCCAAAAGGGGCCACCAGAGGCGACUCCAUUCUUCGCCUUUGCAAGAGAGCAAGCGUGUCAUCUGAUGUACCUCACAGAAGCAUUUUGCCUUGGAAGCUGAAGCAUCGCCAGAUGUAUGUGCAACUCAACAAGUUUGCCAAGGAGCAAGGUCCUUGUGGCGGGCGGACUGCUCGUGCCGAGUGGUUAGCCAUGCCUGGUCGCCAAAAAUGCUGGCGUCAGGCUCCCAAAGAGCGCCAAGAGGCGCUGCACAAGGUGGUCUUUUGGUUGCAUUGCGAGAGCAUCUCAGAGGAGGAUCCCGACCAAGAUUGGGAAUAUUUUCACCAGUUUGCUGAAAAGAGCAUGCGUGAAGCAUUGCACUUGUGUGGCCAGCCCGUGCCUAGGCCGCUCUCAGAGCCUCGGGGUCUGCAGCCGGAUGUGACGGUUGGUUUGGCCAUUGAAAACAUGCAACUGCAAGGGUUGCCAGAUGAGUGGGCUAACAUUUUGAUGUUUGUAUGGGGUCAUCAAGUGCGAUGGCUGUGCUUGGGGAAAGCUGUGCACCCAACGCCGGAGCAUGUCCAGACCUCCAUGCCGCAAGGUGAUGCCUUUGCACCUCUGGCUCUUAUCAUGUUGCUCAUUAGGAUGUCUUUGUACAGGUCCAGAAUCAUUUCACUCGCCACCUGGGGCGCUUGGUUUGAACGAUUGCCGCAGUCACAGUUGCCUUCGCUUCGAAAGGAUGCCACGACCUGCUGGCAGAGUUUCAUUUGCGCACGCAUGCGAGAGCUGAACUGGGAAUUUCGCGGUCCAUGGAUGUUUGCACAUGAGGAUUUGGGUCAUGUCGAUUUAUCCAAUCCAGAUGAAGCUGUUGUGAAACUCACCGAGCACAAGGUGAGAGAAAGUUGGCGCCGAGUGCAAUUUGCCCUUUGGAAAAAGCAGAACCGCCGUGAUAGGCAUUAUUUGCUUGAUGUGCCGUAUGAGGAAAGUCGUGUUUCCGAUGCCCGCAAGUUGUUCUCUCUCACGUGUGAUAGUCAUCAGAGGGCCGUAAUGCUUGGUUCUGCGCAUUCCACGGCAUGUUAUGAUAAGAUGCGUGGACACGAAGUGAGGGAACAAUGUCCCUUUUGCGGUGAGCAAAUCCCACCUGUCUGGGAACAUCUCUCCUGGCAUUGCUCCGCCGAACAGUUGUCUUCCGGCCGCCCUGAGGUCCCUGAAGAUGAAUUGCAAAAUCGUCUUGCUUGGCCCACACGUGGGUGUGAUGCCUAUGAUAGAGCGGUUCUUCACCACAUGGCCCGGGUCAGGGCCACUGUGCGUGAAAACAUGAAUUGA